AUGGAGCUGUAUAAACCACCUUUGGUUCCUAACAAGAGGGAAAAGGCAGUCUAUGAAUGCAAUAAUAAUCAAACUCUCCUCUUGGAAGUAUAUUCCACUGAGUUCAAUAAAACUUACUCCAAGGAACAGAAAAAUAGGCAAAACGGAAGGUUGCAUGUGUUUGGUCCAAAAGAAGAAGUAGUUAUUGAACCUGUUCAAUCAAUGCCACGCAUGGGAUGUGGAAAUGAAUCUGCAAGCAGGCCUUACACUCCAUCAAAGCAGAUCUUGUUAUGUGCAGCUAAAUCGUUAGAAAAACGGAAAACUUUAACAAGGAUUGCAAAACAUAAAAAUCCAAAGAUGAGUGUAAGAUUACAUGACUGCAUAGAAGAAGAAGCAGAAAUUCAUAAUGAUCAACAUUUAAAAACUGAUUUACAGAGACUGAAUCAUGAAGCUUUGAUAACUGAGGCUAAGACAGAAUCCAAAGUCAAUGAUGAAAAAAUUAAGAACUCCAAGAAUGUUGAAAAGGCUUCCAGUGAUGGGGUCAGUACUGAAAUGCAAACAAAGAGUGUGGAUAAACAGAAUGCUAAUGAGAAGCCACCAGAUAGCUCUGACGAUGAAACCAAUGAACAAAAUCAAAAUGAAGCUAAAAAGAGAAUUGCACCACUACAAUUAAUGGGAGAGUUUCUGAAUGCAAUAAUGGAACGGAAAUACAGUCUUGCAAAAAAACUUUGCCAGAUGAUUUUAAUAUAUGAACCAGACAACCCUGAGGCCAAGCAGUUUCUUCCACUUAUUGAGCACAAACUACUAUUAGGUAACCAACGGGGUGAAGAAGCCGAAGACACUGGUGAAGGGAGCAGCGAUGAGAGUGAUUCCAGCAGUACAGAUCACAGUGAGACUGAGAGUGAAUCAAGUUCUGAAGAUUCUGAUGAAAAUGCUUAA